AUGGAGGAUGUCUCCAAGCAGUUCUCUUGGAAGGUGGGUAGGGGAGACCAAGCUCUUUUCUGGGAAGAUUCUUGGGUUGACGGUGGGGUACCUCUCAAAGACCAAUUUCCAGAACUUUACCAAAUUUCUUCCCAAAGAUUACACAUUGUGGAAGACAUGGGGUACUUCUCUGAUCAUGGGUGGGAAUGGAAUUUCUCUUGGAGACAUAAUUUGUAUGACAGUGAGAUGGGGCCUACGUACAACCUUAUUAAAGCUGAGCAGCUCCCUGAAGUUUCGGGCUUUCAUCAGCUUUGGGAUUUGAAAGUCCCUCCUAAAGUCUUAUCUUUUGCUUGGAGGCUGCUUUGGGAUAAACUCCCUACUAAGGAUAAUUUGUCUAGGAGACAAAUUCAGCUUGAUAAUGACCUAUGUCCUCUCUGUCAAACUCAACCAGAAACUGCCUCUCAUUUGUUCUUCACCUGCGAGAAAGUGUUGCCUCUGUGGUGGGAAUUCUUUACUUGGGUCAAGCAAGAUACAACUCUUCAUUAUAGCCCAAUCGAUAACUUCCUUCAACACUCAUCUACAACUGGAGGAAAGGACAUCAAUAGAAGAUGGAAGAUAUGGUGGUUGGUUGCCACAAAGUCAAUUUGGCAAUCCAAGAAAGACUUGCUGUUUCACAAUCACUCAUUUGAUAUCUCUAAGUUGGUUGAUAAUUCUAUUUUCCUCACUUGGACUUGGCUCAAGGGGUGGGAUAAGGAUUUUAGUGUUCCUUAUCACCAAUGGUCAUCAGCAAUGCCUUUAGCCUUUGCUUAA